AUAAAGUAAUGUAUCGUCUUAUCUUUUUUGAUCUCCUCACAAAUUGGUUCUCCAUAAAUCCGGUCUGCGAGGAAGUGGAUGUUAGCCCAGCAAACACGCUUCAGUCCCCCUCUCUCACCACACAACAUGUGGGCCUCUUCUCUUCUUACCUUUCGCCGUCCCUUUACUAGGCUAGCUACUCUCUUCUCACUAGCUUACCUAGCCUACCCCAAUAGCUCCCCCCACUCUUCUAAUUUCUAGUUGUGCGUUAUGCCCCUUCCUUUUAUCAUCUACAGUAGGCUUGCCUAGCACUUUUACACCGCGUCGGCGGGGAUUUUUCUCUUUUCCGUCUGCGGUUUGUCUUUUUUUUUCAAUUUAUAAACGAGACGUCCCGCCAAAGGACAAGAGGGGGCGACCUGGGACCGUCCCAGAACGACGACGCUGAGCAAGCGCCCUGCCUGAUGAAGGACGGAGAGUGGGGGACAGCGGCGGGACGGACUGAGUGAGAGAGGGAAGGAAAGGGUUGAAUAUCACAGCUGAGGGAAGGAGAACCUGUGGUGGUGGUGGUGGACCGCGUGAAUUUGUGUAAGUUCGCUUUGAGAAAAAUAGCUCUGUGUGUGUGUGUGGUAGUCGCGGCGGUGCAGUGCUGAGCGGAUCUGUACGUGCUAUUACGUAGCCGGAUUGCAGAGGUUCUACUUAAUUUUCACCGGCACGCAGUGAGGCCCGGCCGAGAAGGGAUCAGACGAGAGAAGUGGGAGCUUUUAGUGAUUCAGUAGUUGCACAAGUGAACUCCGAUGUUCCUGUCUCUCCUGGAUUUGGAUUAGGUCGUUUGAACGACCAUUUCUCAGGGGUGAAUACAACACGGCUGACGCUGGUGAAUGUGACCAUGGGAAAGUGGACGUUGCAGUGUGUUCAGAGGGCCAGUGUGGCUUGUGCUCUCCUUUUGUGUGUCCUUUUCAUCGGGCAGGCACAGGGUCAGAGGUCAGAUGAUGAUUUGUCCGGCCUGUUUCCUGUGGUGUUCAACUUGGCGACCCGCGCGAGGAUCCAAGCGAACGCCACUUGCGGCCUGAACGAGCCAGAGGUCUUCUGCAAGCUGGUGGAGCACGUCCGCAUCUUCCCGGCCGAGAACCGUCACUGCGACAUCUGUGACGCUCGGAGCGACAACCAGGCACAGAGCCACCCCAUCCAGUACGCCAUUGACGGCAGCCAGAAAUGGUGGCAGAGCCCUACGCUGACGAACGGGGCGGGGUUCAACCAUGUCUCCAUCAUUCUGGAUCUUGGCCAGAUCUACCAGAUCGCUUACAUCAUCAUCAAAGCGGCCAACUCGCCCAGGCCCGGAAACUGGAUACUUGAACGCUCGCUGGACGGAGAGACUUACUUCCCUUGGCAGUACUUCGCCAUGACGGACAAGGAAUGCCGCAUGUUCUACGGCAUCGAGGCCACCCGAGGCGUGCCCACCUUCCUCCGGGAUGACCAGGUCAUCUGCACGUCGCGCUACUCGGCCCUCAACCCUCUGGAGAAUGGCGAGAUCUUUGUGUCCCUGGUGAAUGGCAGACCUGGCGUUUUCCAACCAAGUAAAGUUCUAUUGGAUUUUACUUCUGCCAGAUACGUUCGUCUCCGGUUCCAGAAAAUAAGGACUCUCAAUGCAGACCUUAUGAGUUUUAGCAGCAUCGACCCCGAUUCAGCCGACGCCAGUGUCACACGAAGGUACUACUAUUCUGUGAAGGACAUUUCUAUUGGAGGACAGUGCAUUUGUUAUGGUCAUGCCACCUUCUGCCGCCGCCAUGACACGCUGGAAGACCGUCUUCAAUGUCAGUGCCUGCACAACACUGCAGGAGACAACUGUGAGAUGUGUCUGCCAAAGUUCAACCAAAAACCGUGGAAAGUCGGUGGCAUUCAAGGACUUGGCUGUGAAGAAUGCAACUGCCAUGGCAAGUCGGAUGAGUGUGUGUACAACGCUACAGUGGAUGCCAACAAACUCAGUCUGAACAUGACAGGCAGUUAUGAUGGAGGAGGAGUCUGUCUCAACUGUCGGGAAUACACAACAGGUGUCAACUGUGAACGUUGUCUCCCCGGCUACUAUCGCCCGCGUGGAAUGACCCCUGACAUGAGGUUCCCCUGCCGACAAUGUAACUGUCAGGAGACCCAGACGUCCACUAGUGAAUGUGUGCUGGAUGAUUCCCGUGUCGAUGAAGGAUUGGAACCUGGGUCAUGUAUCUGUAAGGAGGGCUACUCUGGUCCGGGCUGUGAUCGCUGUGCUUUUGGCUAUUUUGGAUUCCCGAACUGUCGUCCGUGCCGAUGUAAUGCAGCUGGGAGUAGGGACCCGGACAACUGUGAUAGAGCAUGUGUCUGCAAGGUUCAUGUCCGGGGCAGUCGUUGCGACAGUUGUGAGCCAGGGUAUUUCAAUCUGGAGCAAGCAAACCCUGAAGGCUGCACCAAGUGCUUCUGUUUUGGUGUUUCUACAGUUUGUGAGAGUGUGUCAUGGGGGCUGUCCAGGGUGGAUGACUACUCUGGAUGGGUUCUGUCUACUUUGGGUCCGGGAGGUUUGACCUUACUGCCGCGGAUGUUUGGUGGUUGGCUUGAAGCGAAGACAUAUCUUCUUAAAGUGGAUGCCAUUGACCCACGGUCCUACUCUCAAGAUGACAUCCACUACUGGGUGGCUCCUAUGUCCUACUUGGGAAAUCGGCUGAGUUCCUAUGGUGGUUACCUGACCUUUACCCUCAAGUAUAGUCUGGAUGAUCAGCUGUCUGGUGGAUAUCACCUGAGGGAACCCAAUUUGGUGCUGGAGGUGAGCUUCAUCACUUUUAGAAGAUACAGGCUGCUAUUUAUCUGUCCUCCUUCCUUCUUUCUUGAUCUGCCUGUCUGUUACUCUCCCUGUCCUUCCACAAAUAACAAUCUUUUGUUCAAUAUUCUUAUUUAUUUAUUUCAGGGCAGCAAUUUGGCCAUCACUACCGACAAGGAAUAUCUGAGGGAAGAGAUGGAGAACAAAGUGCGCAUCCGUCUACAUGAAAGUGGCUGGUUCCGCCUCAGCGAUAGACAGCCAGUUACGAGGGAUGAGAUGAUGACUGUGUUGUACAGCCUGAGCCGUCUGCUCAUCCGCGCUACCUAUCACACAGCUCAAGAAACUGUUUUCCUGAAGAAUGUCUACAUGGACAUGGCAAGCCCUCUGGUCAUGGAUGGAAGCUCUUUACCAUCUGUUGAACAAUGCAGAUGUCCUCAGGGCUAUGCUGGACUGUCAUGUGAGAGCUGCUCUCCUGGAUGGCGCCGCGUGGAGAACCAACUGUACGGAGGACGGUGCCAGCAAUGUCAGUGUUACGGCCAUGCCUCUGGCUGUGAUCCUGUCACCGGAGACUGCAUGGACUGUAGACACAGCACAGCUGGAGCUAGGUGUGACCGCUGUCUGCCAGGGUUCUAUGGCGACCCCCGACGAGGGUCGCCAGAUGAUUGCAAGCCCUGUGCUUGUCCACUGACCACUGGUAACAAUUUCUUUGCUGAGAGAUGCGUUGCCAGGCCCACUCUGGAAGAUAGGGAUGCAUAUGAGUGUGUCAAUUGCCAGGAAGGGUAUACUGGAGAUAGAUGUGAGAUGUGUGCUUCAGGUUACUAUGGCAACCCUGGCACCCCAGGAGGUUCUUGUCGUAGAUGUAUGUGCGGUGGCAACAUUGACAUGUCGCUUCCUGGGAGCUGUAACAAUGUUACUGGUGCUUGCACUCGCUGUGCCACGAAUACCGAGGGAGAGUUCUGUGAGAGAUGCAGCCCAGGGUACUACGGCUCAGCUGUGAAUGGCGAUUGCCGACCCUGCGAGUGUUCCAAUUCUGGUUCCCGAAAUAACGAGUGCAACGCAAGAAGUGGUCAGUGUGAAUGUAAGGAAAGGUUCACAGGCCGGCGAUGCAACAAGUGUGAGAGAGGCUAUGGAAAUGUUGAGAGGGGUUGUGAGAGAUGUUCUUGCGAUCGGCAAGGCUCUCAGAGCUCCGAGUGUGACCCGGUCUCUGGUCAGUGCCGCUGCGUGGAUGGUGUCGUAGGUCUUAAUUGUGAUGCUUGCGCUGAAGGGUACUACGACUUUUCAAGGAGAGGAUGUAAAGAUUGUGAUUGUUAUGGUCCUGGUACGAACAACACUGUGACAUGUGACCCGUACAGUGGGCGAUGUCAGUGCCGCCCGGGUGUCAUGGGUCGGCAGUGUGAUUCUUGUAAGCGGUUUCACUAUGGUCUGGAAUCGGGCGAAGGCUGUAAGGACUGCGCCUGUGACCGGACGGGGGCCAGGAGUGGCGUGUGUGACCCUCAGAACGGUCAGUGUGAAUGUCGGCCUGGAGUCAUGGGACGCACUUGUGACAAGUGCCAGCCAGGUUUCUAUGGUUUCUCCCGGAGGGGUUGUGAGGCCUGUGAGCCAUGCAACAAACCCGGACAUAUCUGCAACCCUGACACAGGGAAAUGUGAAUGUCCACCCAACACUGAGGGCCCGAACUGUGAGGUGUGCAUCAGGGAUUGUUGGGGCUUCACCAAAGACCAGGGCUGCAAGCCAUGUAACUGCAGCCAGUCAGGCUCCGCCUCCCAGCAGUGUGACCCACUAACGGGUGCCUGCUCCUGUCUGGAGGGCUACCAGGGCUAUAGCUGUGACCAGUGCCUGGUCAGCUUCUAUAACUUCCCUGACUGUACGUCCUGCGGCUGCAAUGAGACGGGAGUCAUUUCCGACACGUGUAUCACAGGCGUGUGUGAGUGUGAUGGCAUGGGACAGUGCUUUUGUAAGGUAAUCAUCGUCGGAUCGGAUGGCGGACUAUUAUGUUGUGAUCUGCGAGAAGUCAAAGUAGGCCUACACCGAUGCCGGCCUGGCACCUUCAGCCUGGAUGGAAAUAAUCCGAAAGGCUGCACAGAAUGCUAUUGUUUUCUCCGGGCUCAGCAAUGUAUGCAGGCGCCCUAUGUGUGGAAAGAGAUUGAUCUGCCGUCCAUGUCAGCAGAGUUUGUCCCCCCUGGGGCUGGAGGGGAGCCCCCCUUCAAGAGGUUCGGCUAUCACGUCAUCAACUCCACAAAGACUGAGGUCACUUCCGAGCUGAGCAGUAGCCCUCUCUACUUUGCACUGCUCUCGGACGCUCUGCCCUCUGAUAUGACCCUGAAUUAUGGGGGCAAGCUCCAGAUUACCCAUUACUUUGAGGGUCCCAGUGAGUACCUCAGACCUGAAGAUGCUGCCCCUCUCGCCGUCAUGGUGGGCAAUGGCAUACAGAUUGUGUCUCAGGUCUCCAAUUUGGAACCCCUGAAUCCUGUACCGUUUGAAGUGGUUUUACACGAAGACAUGUGGCAGCUCCCAGGCCAAGUGACGCCCAUCACUCGCCGGCUCAUGAUGGUUGUGCUGGAAAAAGUGCAAGGCUUGUUUGUGAGAGCAGUGCAGAACGGACGGGCUCAGUACUCAGAAGUGGGUCCCAUCAUGAUUGAGAGAGCUGUGCCUCCAGCUUCUGCCCCACCAAAUGCUCGACCCGCCCUUGGUGUGGAGACGUGUGACUGCCCAGACAGGUACUCUGGAGACUCUUGUCAGAACCCGGGCCCAGGUUACUUCCGUGUGGUUCCAGACGGCACGACCAACAUUGGCGUGCCAGAGACAGUGAUUGGACAGGUCAAGCCUUGUCAGUGUUACAGACACAGCGAGUUCUGUGAUGCCGAGACAGGCCAGUGUUUGGCGUGUGAACACAACACCACAGGGCGCCAGUGUGAGCUCUGUGCUGAUGGCUAUUACGGCGUUGCCACGAGGGGGACACCAGAUGACUGCCAGCCCUGUGCCUGUCCCUUGCCUAUACCUUCAAAUAACUUCAGUCCAUCGUGUGUUGGUGGCAGAAAUGGAAUGAUGUGCACAGCCUGUAUUGAGGGCUACACAGGAUUACGGUGUGAAAAUUGCGCUCCUGGCUAUUACGGCAACCCCCAGACCGUGGGAAGCAAAUGUCUCCCCUGCAACUGCAACCCCCAGGGCUCUCAAGGUGGGGACUGUGAUGUGCUGACUGGGCAGUGCCCAUGUCUGCCGGGCAUCGAAGGACUGAGCUGUGAGGCCUGCAGUGACCCCACAUAUGGCGUGCAAGACGGCCAGUGUAUCUCAUGUUACGACGGCUGCACAGGGAUCCUUCUGAAAGAUAUGGAGGAACUCGCUGCAAGCCUGGUCAACAUCAACUUCACUGGAGCUGUCUACCCCUGGGACAGGCUGAACGAGCUGUCGGAUGAAGGCAAAGCCCUAUCGGAGUCUCUUCGCGCCCUUGAAGCAGCCGGCUCAGACAACCUGAAAGAUAUGAAAGAGUCGGCAGAUACAUAUAACCAAAUUGCCGACAAAUUGAUUCAUCGAAGUAACACAACGUGUGAAGGAGAGCUGAGUACCACGGGAGGCAUAGCCUGUCGCACCCAGAAGAGUGCUGAGCAGGUCAAGAAUAAUGCCACAGACCUGGAAAAAGUCAUAGACCAACUCUUUAAGGACAUCAAAAAAUCGGUGGAUGAAUUGAACAAGUUGAUCAACGACAGCUUGGCUGGUCAGGGUGGGACUGGUGGACAACUGGACGAGCAGCUCAAGAAAGCUCAGAAGAUUCUAGACGAGAUUCUCGACCGCGACUUCUCUGUUGCCGAUGCUGCCACUCAGACUGAAAAUAUGCGUGCUGAAAAGUUGUCCGAAAGCAUCCAAGAUUUGAUUGCUCGUAACUUCAAUGUGUCGAUGGUGGAGGAAGAUUUAAAUGAUGUGAAGGACCGUUUGAACGAUUUGAUAAAUCAAACUAAGGGGGCAUCUGCCACAGCAGACAAUGCCUUGGAGCUGAUCAGGAAUCUCACGGAUCUCCUGAAUGAAAUGAAACGAAUCAAAGAGGAAAUUGACAAACUAAGGAACGACUCUGAGGAUUACAUAGAUGACGCCUGGGAUCUGAUCUACAAAGCCGAUUCAAGUCUCCUAAUUUCAACUGGAGAAAAUGACCUUCUGGCCAGAGCUAUUGACGACCUGUAUAAGAGAGUGACUGGCCUGAGGGAGGCCAUGCCUCGACUGCAAGAUCUGUACCAGAGAGCUGUGCAGCAUGCCCUCUACCUCAGGGGUCAGACGGAGGAAAUGAAAAGGCUCUUUGCAAAGACUCGAGAUUUGGCCAAGGAUGCUGUCACUGCUGCCAAAGCAUACCAAAGUAUCGUUGAUGCCAUUGCGGAGGCGAAGAAAUCCGCAGAGAAAGCCCUCCAAGAUGCUGAAGAGUCCAAGAAGAUUGCUCAGUUGUCUGACCUAAAGAAGGAAGUUGACGAGUUGAUGAGGAUCAGCAACCAGCAGCUGCGCGAGGCUGAUUCUCUGCUCGCUGAGGCCAAAGGUCUCCUAGAGUCUCUGGGCGAUGUGAAAGAUGACCUCACUGAGGCUGGCGAGAAACAUGGGAACGCAAAGGACAUCCUGGAGGAGAUUAAGAAAAAACUCAAACUACUUCCUGAAAAUUUCCGUGACAGCCUGGACAACAUUGAGAAAAGGACUAAGGCUGCUGAAAAAACUGCCGAAGAUGCCAUUGAGCUAAUCAACAAACUGAACACCACAGCUCUCAUGGAAAAGAUGAAUGAGAUGAAAAAUCUUGAUUUAAGUGCUUUUAGAUUUGAUAUUGGUAGUGAGAGUAAGUACCUCUUUUGUAUUUCAGUUUUUCUUUCAAAUUAUCAGUUGUUGAUCUUUUUUCUCCACCCCAGUCAUUGCCAUUGUGACGUACAUGAAAAAAGUUACUCAUCCUUGUUUCUUGUAAUACUCUUAGUUGAGAGAGUAAAGGAUGCUGGCAAGGAUAUAAAGAAACUGACUGACCGCGAGAAAGAUGUUGAUGACAAAGCGUCGGCGGCUGCGAGAAAAGUGUCCAAUGUCCACGAUGACCUUGAGAAGUUGAGGGCUAAGAUCAUCAAUGCGCGCAACAGGGUCAAUGAUAUGAAGAUGUCCCUCCAGGCUGAUGGCCAGUGUUACAGGUCGUACCCAUCGUCUCUGACUCCAAGCUCUACCAAUGAGCUGCGCUUUGGUUUCAAACUAGAUGAGGCCCCGAACUCGGACAUGUUGAUGGUUCUGUUACUACAGUCUCCCCAGGCGGGAGGAAAGGAAUUUUUAGCUGCUGAAAUCAAGGAUGGGAAGGUGCGCUUCAGCUGGGAAUCUGGUAAAGGCUUGGGCUCCGUGUCCCAUGGUCGGUCUCUGGAGCCGCAGAAGUGGUACAAAGUGGUGGCCAAGAGAGUGGGCUCCAUUGGUCAGCUCAAGGUGUGGAGCCUGGAGGAGAGCACAGAGAAGAGGACCAACGAGGAAGUGGCCAGUGCUGGGGCAGGCUGCUCCCUGCUCAACCUCAAUGAGGAUUCCUCCGUCUUCUUGGCUGGCACCAGCAACCUUCAUCCGAUCCCAGCUGGAAUUACUCGGGAAAACUUUGUGGGCUGCCUUGGAGAAGUGUCCAUCGACAACAGUAAGCUGGGAGUCUACAACUUCAAAACAAAUGAGCCUGAACAUUGCACAGCUUGCAAACAGAUACCGCUGGUGGAGCUUGGCGAUGGCAAGACCUAUGUUUUCAAUGGGCGAGGGUUUGCCCGCUUUGAGGUCCUUGGAGGCUACUCAUCUUCUCGCACCAAAGUGGAGUUGGAGUUCAAAACUUUCUGGGAGAACUCCACCAUCUUUUUUGUGGGCAAUGAGGAACUGGGUGACUUCUGUUCCAUUGAGCUGGUCAACGGCCGAGUGCAGGUCAAGUUCAACAUGGGUGGCAACAGCAAAGGUUCUGGAAUCACAGCCAACACAUACAACAGUAACCAGUGGACCAAAGUCACGUUUGAUCGGAAAAAAUUGCAGGCUGUGCUCAUUGUGAACUCAGAGAAGAUCCCGAUGUCAGCCUCAGGCCCCAACAGUGGUCUGGACCUGCAGGGAGCCCCUAUGUACUACGGUGGCCUGCCCACCACAUUCUCCUUGAGCAAGUUCCAAGGCUUAACUCAGACCAGAUUCUUCUAUGGCUGCAUGAAGGGUCUGACAUUUGGCUCCUUACCCCCAGAGGAUGAUACAAGUGUUUUUGUCAAUGUGCAGACCAGCUCAGGCUGUCGGGAGAAUGGCAUCCACACUGUUGGCUUUAGAGGAGAUGGCUAUCUGACUCUUAAAAGCGAGUACAUUGGAUUCAACAAACAGAAAAAUGAUAUCUCUUUGACUUUUGUCACAAAAGAGAAGGAUGCUGUGAUUCUUAUUGCCAGAGACAUUCCAGGAGAGAACUACUACUCCAUUGCUCUUGUGGACGGCCGUAUGGAGGCCAGGAUAAGGUCUGACGGGAACCAGCCAGUGGGGAUACAGGCUAAAGAACGCUUCAACGAUGGAGUCAUGCAUUGUGUGUCUCUCAUCAAAGAUGGAAAGAUUAUCAAGCUAGUGGUGGACGACAAGGUCCUGGGCACAGACUCAGCCCUGGAUGUGUCGUUCUUUAAUGGAGGAGACCUGUACCUUGGAGGUUCUCCGAUAGAUGUGGAUGACAUUGCCCCCACCAGUAUCAAGCUGGAUGGAUGUAUCAGUGAUGUCAUUGCCAAUGGAAAGUUGCUAUCCAUGAGCGAUGCCAAGCAAUACAUGCGGGCUGAUGUAGGUCGCUGCCAUCUGACAACCAACAUGAAUGAGCCCGUUGUGGUGCCUAAAGUAGAUGAAGCAGAGGAAGAACCGACAGAGGAGCCCACCAUUCCGACCUCCUCGAAUCUAUCUGGCAACACACCUGUGUCACCUACAUCAGUACCCACUUCCUGUGCCUCAGAGGGGAAUCCUGCUCAAGAAGAUGAUGCCAAGUCUGUAGCCAACGGGGCUACUUUCUUUGCUGAAAUUUCUAAAGUGAAGAAGAAAGAACUGGCCAGGAGGUUCGACUUCACUUUCGAUUUCCGUACCUACUAUGCUGAUGGGUUGUUUGGUUACUUGACCAAUGCAGACAAGUCAUUUUACUUUGGCAUCCAGUUGCGAGACGGAAAGCUGGAGGUGUCCUAUGUGUACCUGGGUCAGCCAAUGGUUCUACGUUACAACGAGCUUCUUAACGAUGGCAAAUGGCACUCUGUAGAAGUUAAGAAAAAGGGCGAGUCUGUCAGUGUCAGUUACGAUGGCAAAACCGCGAAGAGUGACCUCAUUGACCAGCGACUGGACAUCAAGUUGCCCCUCCGUCUGGGUGGACCGGCCAAACCGGAGGAUUUCACAGACUACAAUGUGGAUCUGGUAACCCAUAGCAUCAGAGGCUGCAUCCGCUCCUUGAAGGUGAGCGGUCGAGGGGUGAACAUCACGGACACGCAGGUCAUACAGGACGUGGGAGGCUGCUACAAGAACGUGGAAGCUGGAGCUUACUUUGGUGGAGACGCUUUUGGAGUCAUCACGGAUGAUUUUGACGUGCCAAAAAAGAUGACGAUAACUCUGGAAUUCAGGACCACUAGCCAGAGGGGAGUGUUGGUAUCCAGUAGUGAUGGCUCAAAGUUUGGCUUCACUCUAGAGUUGGAUGAAGGAAAGUUGAAAUUGGCAGUGAUUAAUAAAAAUGGCCCAUUCCGUGUGGAAAGCAAUAACGACAAGAUUUUCUUCUGUGACAACAAAUGGCACAAGGUAACAGCUGUUCUCUCAGACAACGCUCUGACAUUGUCACCUGAGGGACUUGGUGACUCCAGGCUGACCUCUCGUCUUCCCUUAGGAGACAUAGGCCUCAAAAGUCCACUAUUUGUUGGUGGCUUUCAAGAUUCGUUUACCCAAGUUGCUAGUUCAUCUGCUGACAAUUUCAUUGGGUGUAUACGCGGCCUGGUCAUUGAUGGCUCACUUGUGGAUUGGUACAAGCUCAUACUCUCUCCAAAUAUCAGGAAAACAGCGUGCCCUAUAUCUUGAUAGGAAUGUCCAGCCAUGUAUAUAUAAUAUAUUGUUUAGAAUAUUACCAAAAGACCAUGUUGAUGCCAUGUGAUGAGCUAAACCGUGCGUGAUUGCUGUAAUACUGUAGGAUACUUUUAUAAUUUCAUUUACUCAUAGAGUAGAGAGUCUAGGUGGUAAGCUCUUCUAUUGUUUUCUUCUGUAAAUGACACUCCUCAGCCUUAUCAAAAACAGCUGUUACUGUUUGAUGAAUGGAGCUGUUACGUACUGCUACCAUUUUUGUUUUGUAUACUUGGAUGAUACAGAUAUGGUUCCUAUGCUGUGUUGCUGUGUAUCUGUAGAAAAUACAGAGAUAUUGAAGAACAGACUUGGGUUUCCACCAGCUCCUCUUGUGUGAUGGACUGACUCUUGGCUUUGUACACAAAGAGCUUAAGUUUGAUUCUCACAUGUGGAAGAGGAAGAUAUUUUUUUAAUACCUCUGUUGCUCUACUGAGAUGCAUCCCAUAAUAAAUUUGGUUAGCCCUUACUCGUGGAGUUGAGGCAGCCAACCUCCAAAAUUAUCAUCUAGAAUGUGUUGUUGAGAAGGCAUAAAACAUCUAAAUCAAAUUUUCAAGUUUACUCAGUUCCCACAGAAGUUUAAUAUAUAUAACUGAAAAAAAUUAUCUCAUUAUGCUAUGAGUUUGUUGACAUUGCUGUGAAUCAGAAUAAAAUGUCUUUUUUUUUUUUUCACUGAAGAAUCUUCUGAUUACUCUUAAGAACAUUUUGUCUUGAAAGAAGUUGUGAAAGUUACAGGUAUGAUGUGAUCUGUCCACUUGGAUCCUGGAUAUUAGCUUUUCAAGAAAUUUAGUGUGCCUACGCUUAGGAAUCCAGCAGAGAGCUCAUAUGUAUAAGUUCAUGUCUUUGUUAGAUGUAUUUGGAUUAGUUGCAAUUUAGGAUUUUUUUUUUUUCAAUAGAUUGGCGACGGUGCAUGUUAUUCUUUUAGAAGUGACCCCUUAAAAAGUUACAUCCUGAAAGAGUCAACAGGUCUGUGGCACAUAUAGAUUUGUAAAUAUGACCAGGUUGAUUUAUAACAGACCGGUAUCGUACGAGGAGUAUAUGAGUAUACCCAAGUGGAUGUAGGGCAUGUUGCUUUGUUUUUGUUGUUGGACGAAGUUUUAUAUGGACAUGAGAGGAUACUAAAGCUCAUUGGAAGCCAUUUUGUGUUGUAUUGCGAAUAUUUUUAGUUUCUCAUGAAGGCAAGUAUUUACUUGGCUUGAAGUUGCUUAGACUGUGAGAGUGUUUCUAAAGAUAAAGAUGUAAAAAUAUAGAGAUAGUUUAGUGGUUUGACUUUCAGAAAAACUCUGAAAGAGAUUUCUGGUGUAUGAAGUGUUCCAGACGCUUUUUUUUCUUUUUCGCAGUUUAAAUGCUCUUGUUGUAAUUGAAGUCAGUGUCUUUUUUUACUUUGUGUCUAAAUUGUUCCUGAAUUUGUUCUUCAUCUGAAGUUAGUUGAUGGUAGAGAACUACCUGUUCAAACACAGUCAAAUCUGAGAUGCCCAUCCGUUAUUGUGGAGAAAAGUGGUCAUCUUAGAAGAACGGUUCUCUAGGACAGUUUUAUUAUGAAACAGAAAAAA